UGCAAAAUUUUCAUCCUUUACCAAAAAUCAUCUUAGAAUACAGACAGUUGCAUAAAAUAAAGUCAGUUUAUGUGGAUGGACUAAUGUCAUGCUUGAAUAAGACAUACAUUUCUUCAAUUUGGAGCCAGACUGGGACUGUAACUGGCAGGCUUUCAGCCAAGCACCCAAAUAUUCAAGCCAUUCCUAAGCAACCUAUUCAGAUCCUCAAGAGUCACUGCUGUGAAGGCAGAAAAUCUGAAACGGUGGUUAUAUAUCCCCGUAACAUGUUUAUUCCAUCUAAGGGCUACACAUUUCUUACAGCUGAUUUUUCUCACGUGGAGUUGCGACUUCUGGCACAUUUGUCAUUGGACCCGGAGCUUCUGAAAUUGUUUCAGGAUUCUGAAAUUACAGAUGUUUUCACUACUUUGUUCUCACAUUGGAGAGGAAUUCCUGAAACUCAAGUUACUCAUCAGGAACGAGAACAAGCUAAACGAAUUACUUAUUCACUUAUUUAUGGAGCAGGUUAUGUUGUUUCCAUCAUGGGUCGCAAAAGAUUACUGCCUUAUGUCACAUCACAAGACUAUUCCAUUCGCUGUAAAGCAGAGAGGCAAGCAGUCAACUUUGUUCUGCAAGGUUCAGCAGCAGACCUGUGCAAAAUUGCAAUGAUAACUGUUUCUUCUUACAUAGCGGCUAUUCCAACUCUUUGUGCUAGGUUAAUUGCUCAAAUUCAUGAUGAGCUUCUUUUUGAAGUCAGAGAUGACCAAGUAGAGGAAUUUGCAGGCAUUAUAAAACAUAUGAUGGAAUCACUCCAGCAUAUUGAUAGUUUUGGAAUACAUCUAAAGGUCCCUUUAAAGGUGAAGAUCUCCACAGGAAAGUCAUGGGGAUCUAUGACUGAGCAUCUGAAAGUAAAGAGCAACAUCCAUUAGCUUCACUGAGUAACAUAAAGCACUUCAUUCUUAGGCUUUUUUUGUGUGCUCUUCUCACAAUUGCUAGGCAACCACUCAGUUGGAGCUUUCAGCAGCUCCUAAUUUCCUGCAAAUUUCUCAGUUACUCUCUGUCUGUAGCCUGGGGCAACAAGGGAAGAAUAUGUCUAGUUUUUUUCUGCCCUUUUUUUCUCCAUUCUUUUUAGAUGGUGCUUCGCUUGUGUAAGCCCCUUCUCCUGGCCGAGUCUAUUUCAGAUCAAAACUAUAACAUGAGUCCCAAACAUUGUGUACUUGUCUUUUUUCAUUUUGGGGACAAUACAAUUCUUUUAUGACUGUUUCUUACUAGCAUAUCUUUUGAGCUUUAAGGGUAUCAUUCUUUAGUCAAUUGCUGUUCAGGUAAAUUCCUAAUUGUAUUAGACUUAUUUGAGUUCAGUUGUUCACUUUAAAGCCACAACUAUGUUUUGUUCACUGUUGUAAAUACCUUGUGGUUGGCAUUGUCUUUUGUUUCACACGCAGAAUUGAGCUCAAAAACAUUUUGUUUUUGCCACUUUUUAUUUAAAACUCUGUUAACACUUUAUCAAUUAACUGAGGUUUACGUAACUAAAAAUGAAUAUUUCAUUUGAUAUAAUGAGUAAUAUUCUUAAUUAUGUUUGCAUUGGUCUUAUUUUGCCACUUCACUGUAUUUCUCCAAUAACUUACAUUAAAUGCAAUAUUGUUAAAGUAUGGUUGAGUGAUUCACUUUAUUAAGAGUGCUUGCACAAACUGCAGGGCCAACAUCGUUUUUGUCAUUUUUUUUUCGUUUACCAUAUUUAAAAGCUAAUGCCGUCAACACAGUUUGAGCUGUCAUUUCCAGGAAUCCAAGUUAGCUAAACCUAGUGAUAAGGUAACCAAACAGGUAUACACUUUUUAUGUAGUUGUCUGUUUUGCUUUCUUUACCGUUUGGAUGUCUCCAUUUAUCCUGCUUAGCUCAUUAGUAAAUACUGCAUUUCCAUGACUCCACUGUACAGAUCCCUUAUAUUAAUGUGCAGAUACACACAACUUUUUCCUUUUCAGAUAUACUCCUCUGCUUUAAAAGAAAUUAACAUAUGAAAGGAAACAACAGCAUGUGGGGAAUAGUUGAAGUACUAAAAGUUUCAAUGUAGGACAAAAUAAAUUAAUCUUUGUCUAUCAAUUUCCCUGGAAAAAAGCCUCAAACACCAGUAAAAAAAAGUUGUUUUUUUUUUAAAAUAAAAUUACUGUAAAUACUUUAACAUUUAUUAUUAAAUUCCUGGAGC